AAAAUACCAAUUUCCAGAGGCUUUCACAUUUUUGUAUGAAUUGGCUGUAUAUUCGAAGAAAUCGGCGUCCGCGAUGGCUGUUUUCCGGCGAGACUCCCUGGCAACCAGGCAGCUGCUGCGGCUGGUUCUGUUGCACACGGCCUGGGAGGUGGGCAGCGGCCAGGUCCGUUAUUCCGUGCCGGAGGAAUCCAAACACGGCACCUUUGUGGGCCGCCUGGCCCAGGACCUGGGGCUGGAGGUGGCGGAGCUGGUGUCUCGGAUGUUCCGGAUGGUCUCCAGCGGCAGGAGAGACUAUUUUGAGCCCGUUUACACGGUGUUUGUGAGGGAAAACAACCCGCCCGGGGCCCAUCUCCUGACCGUGUCGGCCUCGGACCCGGACCUGCGGGAAAACGCCUUUGUGAGCUACUCGGUGGUGGAGCGAAGUGUGGGAGAGCAGCCGCUGUCCAGCUACAUCUCGGUGCACUCGGAGAGCGGGCACAUCUAUGCCCUGCAGCCCUUGGACUACGAGGAGCUGCAAGUGCUGCAGUUCCAGGUGAGCGCGAGGGACGCCGGGUUGCCGUCGCUGUGCGGGAACGUGACUGUGCAGCUCUUUGUCCUGGAUGCAAAUGACAACGCGCCCGCAGUGUCCCCGGCUGGCUCGGUCCGCGGCUCGCCAGGGCCCGAGCUGGUUCCGCUGUCGGCCGGCGCAGGGCACGUGGUGGGCAAGAUCCGAGCGGUGGAUGCGGAUUCCGGCUACAACGCGUGGCUUCGCUACGAAGUGCAGGAGCCCGGGGCUGCGGGGCCUUUCCGGGUGGGUAUGUACAGCGGGGAGAUCAGCACGACGCGGGCCUUGGAGGAGGCGGACGGCCCCAGCCAGAGACUCGUGAUCCUGGUGAAGGACCAUGGGGAGCCGGCGCUGUCCGCGACAGCCACUGUCAGCCUGUCCCUGGUGGAGAGUCCCCAGGCUGUGAAAUGGGACUCGAGGCCAAGGGGCGGGAGCGAAGGGCCCUUGGUUGACAUGAACGUGUCUUUAAUGAUCGCCAUUUGCUCGGUGUCCGGGCUGUUUGUGCUGGUGAUUGUCGUGUACGUUGGCCUGAGAUGUCACCAGGGUCCGGCAGUGAUGUGCGGGCCUGGGAAAGCCACCGUGGUGUGCGCGAGCGAAGUGGGGAGUUGGUCCUAUUCCCAGCGCCAGAGCCGGAACUUGUGUGUAGGGGAAGGCACCGCCAAGAAUGAUCUCAUGGUUUUCAGUCCCAACUUCCCUAACUGUGCAGAGAAAAGUGGGACCGUGAAGGAACAGGAGCUAGCACCAAAUUCAUCUGGCCAGUUAAUACGCCAGCCUGGAUAUUUCCUCCACGGAGCUCUGUGGGUGUGGCUAUGGGAAGCCCACAAUGAAAUAGAUUCUGAUUAG